CCACACAUGUUACCCUCGUGGGCAAAAAGGUACAUGUUCAACCCCCCUUGUGGUGUGCUCGUGACUAUGAUUUGUGUGGAAUGCUGACGACAGAGUAGUACCAGCGCAGCUAGCUAGUCAUACACCAAUAAAUGAUUGUUAAGUACGGACGUGCUGGAGCUAUCUCUAACAUUACAACACAAAAUCAAAGCACUGGGAUUGAAUUUCGUUGACGUGAACCAUAUUAACAGAUGUUUUGACAGUGGUUUUUAAAUUUUUAAGUGAAGGUUUUUUCAAAGCGAGUGAGUGGGGGGCUAGCUUACCUGUGUGGUGUCACCAGUGUGGGCAACAGGCAACUGUGGAAGUCCUGAGAUUGUUAACUCAACACAAGCGAAAAACUUUCGGGAAAGUGUUGAACUUUCUUCAGUUGAGUGUGGUUAACCAUGGAGGAAUACAGCUUCCACAUGUACGUGUUUGUGCUUCUUGUGUGUUUACUUUAUCUGGCGGCUGCCGCUCAGGGGCAGGUUGGGGAAGACUGCAAGGGACACAACAAGUUUACGGAGUGCGGCUGUCAUCAGUAUGGUGUGAGCGUGCAUAGAGAUGAUAAGUUGGCGUAUGAAGAGGGAGGAAUAGUGGUUCACACGAGGACCGAUCUCGCGUGGAAUAGUAAGAAACCAUAUUACUUCUGUCUGACAUGCAUGGAAUGCGGAGACGGGAUCCUAAAAGAGCAUAGGUGCACACAAAAAUCGGACACCGUUUGCAGUACAAACAAGUGCACCGACGAAACAUGGACGUACAACUUCAACUUAAAAGCAUGCCAUCCACCUCAAACAACAACGCCACCAACGACAGUCAGGAGCAAAAUCGUGACGCAGAAAGACACGAUGUCUGUGACGUCAGAACCGAUUAGACGUUCAAAGGUCACAGAUGACAAACCGGAUGGACAGAUGAACAGUAUCAUUCUGGUUGGCAUUGUUUGUGGAGUCGCUGUAUUGUGCGUCUUGGUUGUCGUCAUUAUGGCGAUGUUCGUCUGCCGAAUUAAACGCCAAUAUGCUGGCUUGCUAUCUGGAACCCCGUCGUCUUCCAAUAACUCGUCUAGGGAGUCGGUUGCCCCUUCACACGUCUAG